AUGAACGCCCAAACCAUCCAACUGCUCACCCAGCUCUACAAGGGCCGUCAAAUGACAAUGCCCGAACAACUCAAUCUCUUCAACCUGAUUGAGAGGGCCCUAGAGCGUCGAAGCUGGGGCAUCUACCCAGAGAACAAUGACAGCAAGUCUUCCUUAGACAACCUCACCAUGACCAUGCUAGGCCAAAAUUUUCCUCAUCUCACACACGCCGGCCGGAAACACUUCAUUCAGACUUUCCUGCCCCGGAUUAAGCGUCUCCAGUUCCGCUUCUAUCACGCGAGCGAUUUCGAGACAUGGCAUAAGUCGUUCGCGGAGAAUUUUGGGGCGCAAAAUGUUUGCUUUCCGCAGGUAGAAGAGGUACCCAUGUACGAGGGCACUGAGCGCAUCGAUACGAAGGAGCCGUUGGUCGAUGAGGAGCCGUCGCUCAUGUGCUUCCAUGACUCCUACUUGCUUUCGGAGGGCUAUGAGCACAAGUCGGAUGAGAGAGGAUGCUGGGUACAGACUGCCGCCUGA